CUCUCCCUCCUCCCUCGCCUACCCACCCAUCAUGCCCAUCGACGAAGCUAAGCUCGCCAGGUUGCAAGCGGCCAGCGCCGCCAACCGUACCGGUGGUAAGGGUACUCCCCGUCGCAAAGUCGCAGCUAAGCCCAAGGGCGCUGCCGGCGAGGACAAGAAGCUCCAGGCUGCCCUCAAGAAGCUCAACGUCCAGCCCGUCAGCGGCAUCGACGAGGUCAACAUGUUCAAGGAGGACGGCAACGUGCUCCACUUCAAGCAGCCCAAGGUCCACGGAGCUGGCUCUUCCAACACCUACGCCGUCUACGGCAAUGGUGUCGACAAGGAGCUUACCGAGCUUGUUCCCGGCAUCCUCUCUCAGCUUGGUCCCGACUCGCUCGCCUCCCUCCGCAAGCUCGCAGAGUCCUAUCAGGCGAUGAACGCAGCUCACAUGGCCAGCCAGGGUGGUGCCGCUGGUGCCGGUGCUGGUGGAGAUGACGAGGUCCCCGAUGUUCCCACCAACUUUGACGAGGCUGGAGAGAAGAAGGAAGGUGACGCAGCGGCGGCAGGUGGUGAGGCUGAGGUCGAGAAGCUCGACUAAGCUGGCGGACAAGCGUGCGAAGAGUUGGGCGGUGGUACGACGCAGAGGAGGGGCGUCCCCUCGCAUUGACGAUUGCCCAUGCACUUGGCGAGGUGUCUAGCAGGCUGUGGUCUCUCUUCGAGGCAUACACACACGAGAUGGAGAGCACAUCGCCGUAAGAUAUUUCCUCCACUCUUCACUCAUGCGAAGGAGAAUCGCAGCGGCAUCCAAUCCAACAGUAACAUACGCGAAUCGUCGAAUGACAUAGUGGACUCGCGACGGAGGAGAGCAUUAAGGCAGGGCAUGGCAAGCCAGACCAUGAUUGUGCCGGAGAAGAUUUGUACAUCGACUGCUGAGGACUAGC